AGCAAUGCAACUCGUUCAGGCCUUUAUUAUCUCCAGAAUCACUUACGCCACACCGUACUUGGUCUUGAGUAAAGCGGAACGGCAAAAAAUUGAUGUUUUGAUAAGAAGAGCUUACAAAAGUGCGCUAGGGCUUCCCGAGAGGACAGCGACCGACAAAUUACUAAAGUUAGGGGUCCACAACACGAUAGAUGAGCUUCACGAAGCACAUCUCGUGGCUCAACUAAAGAGGUUGGCGUCCACGAAGAACGGGGCGUGGCUCAUGGACAAACUCGGGAUGGCGGUUCCGGGAGGAACGCAUACGGGUACUGUCCCCGACCACGAGCUGUCAGCAGAAAUACGGAAGAAAAUAGUGGUGAGUCGUAUCCCGAGGAAUAUGCAACCAGGAAAGGACGACGGCAGAAGAAAGGCCAGAUCUGAGGCCCUGUCUAAGACAUGGGAUCACAGAGAGGGAACGCUAUAUGUUGACUGUGGCGGCCCAGUAAACGGAGUUGCCACAAUCGCAGUGGCUAACGCCCAGGGUCGGGUGUUAAGAUUAGCUUCGGUCAGAGUAGAGUCGGCUGGGCAGGCUGAGGAAGCGGCGAUUGCGUUGGCGGUUGUUUGCAACCCCAGGGCGACUGUCAUCUCUGACUCCCAGAAAGCAUGUGGAAAUUUCGCUCGCGGGAUGGUGUGCGCAGUCGCUGAUAGAAUACUACGUAAGACGGAAGUGCAGGGGGUGCAUCUGAUCUGGUCCCCUGGCCACAUGGGGAACACUGGGAAUGAGAACCCCGAAGAUGGCUAUAAUAUCACUACGAAAAGCAGCUACGAUGCUCUUAAAUUUAAGUAA